AUGAAUAACGUUUGGAAAGCACUGAUCGUCCUGAGUGCCUUCAUCGCCGCAGCACAAUGCCUGAACUGUCGUCAGUGCCCUGUUGGUAUAUUUGGGACGUGUCUGUUUGGAAGCGAUAUCCAAUGUAAUAAUUCAACUGAGAGCUGCUACCGUGGAGAAGCACAGUUCAAUGCGACCGGGGCGCUGACCCUGCACAUCCGCGGCUGCCUGGACUCAGACCUGUGUGGGCAGACGCUGACCGGCAGCUUCCUGGGUGCUGGUUUCACCAGCAGUUUCCAGUGUUGUACAACAAACCUGUGUAAUGGAGUCGCCUCUGUCCAGCUCUCUCUGACUGUGGCCCUCUGUGCUGCCAUCCUGUCCUUCCUCAUGUAUUGA